AUGAAAGAACAAGACGAGAUCCAGAAGGCUCAUUGGAACACGAAACCGUUGAGUAUAUUUACUGCUUUUGUGUGGUCAAAAAGUGAAAGUUUUUCUUUUGCUCUACCAUCGUUAGAUGUAACACACGAUAAAUUUGUUGUUGAUUCUGCUUUGAAAAUCAUUUUAAAUCAUAUUGAAACAGUUCUUCCAAACGUUGAAGAAAUAAAUUGUUUUUCAGAUGGUGCUGCUUCUCAGUUUAAACAACGUUUUCAUUUUCGAAACUUAACACGAAUUGCUAGUGAACGAAAAAUAAAUUUGAGUUGGCAUUUUUUUGCAACUUCUCAUGGAAAGGGUGUAGUUGACGGGAUUGGGGGUAUUGUAAAACGUCUUGUGUGGUCAGCUAUAUUGGCAGGAGGAGUGUGUUGA